AGUCUUCGGUCCUCCCAAAGGUUAGCUCGAACUUCGCACCUACUCCGUCCGGCUCGUCUUUCUGGGGUUCGUGGGUCGCUCCUCUAGCGCCACAGACCCAGCCCCGUUCUCCGAGAGGGAAGGCAGUCGGGGUAUCUCGACGGGAAUCCCGUCCUCCCAACUUCAGGACCGGCCAUCGCCCUCCGAAACGAAUUCACCCACUCCUUUUUCCUCUCGUCACUAGGAUUACGUUCUUUGGGCAUCUGGGAUCGGAGCAAGUAGAGCUCUGCAGCGCAGCCGCCGCUGGGGCCCGAGACCAUGUUCGACAAGACUCGUUUGCCGUUCGUGGCCCUGGACAUGGUCUGCUUGUUGCUGGCUGGAUUACCCUUUGCAAUUCUUACUUCAAGGCAUAGCCCCUUCCAGCGAGGAGUAUUCUGUAAUGAUGAGUCCAUCAAGUACCCUUACAAAGAAGACACCAUACCUUAUGAAUUAUUAGGUGGAAUAGUCAUUCCAUUCAGUAUUAUCGUUAUGAUUCUUGGAGAAGCCCUGUCUGUUUACUAUAAUCUUUUGCAUUCAAAUUCCUUUGUCAGGAAUAACUAUAUAGCCACUAUUUACAAAGCCAUUGGGACAUUUAUUUUUGGGGCGGCUGCUAGCCAGUCCCUGACAGACAUUGCCAAGUAUUCUAUCGGCAGACUGCGGCCUCACUUCUUAGCUGUCUGUGACCCUGAUUGGACACAAUUCAACUGUAGUGAUGGCUACAUUGAAAACUUCCCAUGUCGCGGAGAUGCAGGAAUAGUUAACGAGGGCAGAUUAUCAUUUUAUUCUGGCCAUUCUUCAUUUUCCAUGUACUGCAUGCUGUUCCUCGCACUUUACCUCCAAGCCAGGAUGAAGGCCGACUGGGCGAGACUGCUGCGGCCCACCCUGCAGUUUGCCUUCAUCGCGCUCUCCAUCUACGUGGGUCUCUCUCGUGUUUCUGACUACAAACACCACUGGAGCGACGUGCUGACUGGACUCAUCCAGGGAGCUGUGGUGGCCAUCCUUGUCGUUAUAUUAGUAUCAGAUUUUUUUGAGGAAAGAACCUGCCCAUACAAGCAAAGAAAAGAAGAGGACUCGCACACAACUCUGCACGAGACACCGACAAAUGGAAACCAUUAUGGAAGCAAUCACCAGGCAUGAAAGGAGCUCAAAUUACCUGCUUUCUAAAGGAAGAGGAUGACAGCGAGAGGAAAGAUGAUGGUCAUUUCCUCUUGGUGCAAAGAAGCCUUUAAGGGACUGCUGCUGCUAUAUACCUCUUGGAUGCCCACUUUACUCCUGUAUAUAGUCACAUUUAACACGACAGCUUUAAAAUUCAUUAAAAACGAUUUCAAGCCUUUCACGAAA